CAGCUGGAUUCUCCGAGCGUCUCGUGGCGACGGUACAUCGGGAUGGACCACAUGUGUAAGGGGAUCGGACCCGUGCAGCUCCAGGAGAAAACAGAGAAGUUCAGCACAGAGAAGAACCGGGAGCUGUUGUGGAAACUCUGAGCAGCAGGAGUCCGGCGAGGAGCAGCUCUGAGGCGGCAGAGGUGUGGAGCACAGGUCGGCCUGCUCCAAAUCAUCCAGGAGGAAAACUUGGCAGCUGACGGAGGCAGAAGGUGAAUGAUCCUGACCCACAUCCCAUCUCCACUCAUUCAACCAGCCAAGAGGCAACAUCUGUCCUACAUGUGUCCCAUCUACCAUCCUCCGCCUUCAAGAACAUGAACCCAUGCAGGCGUCAGUCACACUCAUUUAAAUGUUAGUACUACUUGAGCAGAUAUCACUCGGCUGGCCGAAGAGGAAGAAGAAGAAAGGGACUGUUAAAGGUGCAGGGAGAUGUCUGUGUGGAUGAUACUGCCUGUGAGCCUCCCAGCUCUGACCAUCACUGGGAUAUGGGUUGUGUAUGCCAUGGCCCUGUACAACCAGCACAUCUGCCCUGUGGAUAACUGGUUGUACAACCAGUCAUGUGAAGAGGAGCUUUAUUUGCAGAGCGGGCCAAUCUUGUGCUGCACGCUAGACAAUGUACCUCUCAUCAGUAAGUGUGGGACUCUUCCCCCUGAGAGCUGCUUCUUCAGCCUCAUCUGCAGCACCGGCUCAUUCAUGGUGAUGGUGAUCGUACUGCUCCGAUAUGCCCACGUCAUUGAGAAGCACCAAAACUGUGUCCUCAACACAGCAAGUCUCUCCACAGGCUGGAUCUGUGCUGCUGGACUCAUCAUGGUGGGCAACUUCCAGGUGGAUAAUGCCAAAGUCCUCCACUAUGUCGGAGCGGGCAUCGCCUUCCCCACCAGUAUGCUGUUUGUGGGCCUGCAGUCGGCGCUGACCUACCGCCUGGCCAAGACGCAGGGGGAGUACAAUGUGGCCCACCUCCGGCUCUGCAUGACCCUGCUGGCCUUCGUAGCCUUGGUGCUCAGUGGUGUGUUCUUCUGUCAGGAGAGCUUCGUCCUGCAGCACGCCUCAGCCAUCUUCGAAUGGGUCUUCUGUGUCAUCGUCAUGCUGUUUUACGGGACGUUCAGCUUCGAGUUUGCCAGCUUGUCAGGGGACACCAUGGUGGUGCUGGCUAGAGGAGGGGCCCUGGGUGCUGCUGGGAGAGAACACAAGGUGGACGCACUGGGAGCCCACUCGCAGCCGCACCAACCGGAGAACCUGUCUAUACUGUAGCCUCAUUGAUGCAUCCAGAUGUCACACAGAUGGCUUGUUCAUUCAUUUCAAACUCUUGGUUGUAGAAUGAGUUUAAUUAUUCAUUUCCAGCCGCGCUCGUCUGAAGCUCUGAGGUGAACCAGGCCUGUGCAGCAGCCAUUCAUGGUAGAGUGGAUCCUACCCUUACAGCCCGAGGGGGUGUAGAUCUACUGCCACAGUAGAGAGCUCCACUUGCAUUGAUUGUGUCUUUAAAGAACUUGCUUGCAUUUUGCACAAAGCACAAGUGUGAAACCAAAUUUUCAGUAUUUUGUCAAUCAUGUCAAGAGAAUCUUCCCUCCCCUGCUGAGAUCCUGAAACCUGUCUCAAGUGUGGCCUUGGACCAUUUCUGCUUCACUGCCGCACAGCGCUAAAGGAGUGAAGGCUGCUGGACGGCCUGGCUGACAGUGUUACAGUGGCGAGACGGAGUGAGAGAAGAUGGUGUUACAGAGGAUCCAGGUCACAUGAACACAAUAAAUCCAGAGAGUUUAUAGACGCUUCAGUCAGUGGUCUGCCUUUUGCAAUCAUUUACUCCUGCAGUAAGCAAUAUAUUUGAUAUUAACAAAUCAAAUUAUUGUAACAUUGAAGCGUUCCAGAGUAUUGAACACCCUGAGAAUAAACCUCCUGCUCCACGUAGAUUUUAGUGGCUUUUAUAUGACAGAAAGUUUGGAAAGCAGAAGACAUUUUUCUCUGGAGCUGCAUAAUUAUGGUUAAAAGGAAAGUGGAUAUUGGACUCAUAUUCUUCAGAUGGCCGUUAGGAUAAUAAUGCUGCUCUGUUUCUGCUGGAAGAAUACGUAGCUAUAGAAGUUAACCAAAACAGCCUCUGUUUGUUUUGUGGUCAAAAAUCACCUAAAACAGCUUUAUAUAAUGCACUUGUCAAGGACUUCAUUUUCUAUCAGCAACUCUACAUAUGCAAAGCUAACACUAUUUUUAAAGUAUCAGCGUCAGGAUGCUUUGGGUGGCGUGCCAUGUCAUUAUAUCACCUGCAACAUACAACAUACAUACAAUAGAUCUGGUGCCUCAUGAAUGCAAACCUUUACGACUCAUUGUACCACGUCAACCUGAAACCUCACUUUUUAAUUCAGCUUCCUCUCUGUAGAGUUCCUGCCAUAGAAUAUGAAAGAGAGAUGACAAGGCGUCCAGAGGCUAAAUGCGUACCGGCUAAUUCAAGCCAGAGCUCUGGCUUUAUUGAGUUUGGUGACGAGGCAUCACACGUGGUUUCAGGUCUUAUGCUUGGAGGUCUGCAUCCGAUUACACCCCCCAUCGAGGAGGAGCAGCAGAAUGAGCUCUCACUGCUGAACCUUCUGACUUUCUCUUUGGAUCUCGGACAUCCCCAUAGUAGGAGUUUCUACAUUGGGACAAAUGGAAGAGUGAGAAGGAAGUAAUGAGACACAAGUGAGAUGAACUGUCCUGCUCGCUGUACGUGCCAAAUAUCAGUCAUCGGUGCUCAAACACAAAAGGCCUUAUCCUGUCAUGUUUCCCAGAGUUCAGCUGUGAUUAUGAUGAGUGGAAGCAAUAAGACGGGGAUGUGGGGUCAGUUCUUGGACGAGUAGGAGACAGGAGGGCUGAGAGUGCCAGGAAUUCCUAAGCAGAUAUUUAUCACAACAAGAAAAAAUCUUGUGAUAUCUGUAGUUUGGACUCAUGGUUUAGAAUCUUCUCUUCAGUCGUUCCUUGGUGAAGAUAUCCUCAUGUUGAUUUGCAUUCACUGUCUUUCUCUGACAGUGUUGUGUUUAUAUUUUGAAUUCUGUGUAACAUUAACACAGUUUUUUAUUUCUGGUGAAAAACCAGAGCAAGCUGCACAACAGCGAUAGUUUUGUUAGUUUGCUCUUUAAAAAUAUUGCUCCCUCUCACCACAACCAGCCACAUGUUGUGCAGUGCCAGUAUUUGUUGAGUGCAAGUGCUUAAAUGAGCUUUCUUCAAAUGCAGUUUCACAAUCUGAAAUAUAGGGACUGAAUUAUAGUAAAUCACUCUGGGACUAAAUGUUUGAAACAAGGCUGAGCUGGAGGAGCUAGUGCUCGUUGCUCCUGUGGAAUGAGCUGAGAUGAGGUUAGAACCCCGGCAGCUGAUCACCUGCUUCUCUCUGCUGGUUAAAGUGCUCAUUGCACAUGAGCUUGUGUUAGGAUCAGAGCUGGAAAGUCGUAUUUCAGUUUGUUUUCUACUUGACGUGUUCAGUCCGUCAAAUCUGCUUUUUUUCCUCUAGUAACACCUGACCUCAUGUCCACAUACUACUUCUACAAUAUGCAUUCUUCUAACAAAUCACAUGUUAAUAUUCAAUGUUCUAUAAAACGUUAAUAAGCCAGAUGAUGGUGCUGCUCUAGCAAGAAACAUUUCAUUAUUAUGCAUUUACUAAAAGUUACUUUACGGUUUGUGCAUGUUCUUUUCAAUUUAAAUCCUUUGCGUCAUCUCCUCGGCCUCCUCGUCAUUUCAUUUCUGUCCUUUUAUUUUUUCCCCUCGUUUUCUGAUCUGUCUGAUCUUUGCACUCAGGAAAAUGUUAAGACACCAGCUGCAUUGUUCAAAGCAGAACCGACUGUUUGCUUCUGCCCCCCGUUGCCUUUUUGUUUUAAUGGAAACUGUUUCAUGUUCGCGAGGACUCAUUUUGUAUAUUUUGCUUUUGUGUAGAGUAAGCGCAACAGCUUUUUUUAUUGUAAUCAGUUGCAGGAUUGAUGGUUGCCUGUGAUGUAAUCGAUUAUUUUUGUUAAUCAAAGACUCAGUAAAGCUUAAGAGAAGAAUAAACAUUCCUUAACAGUUAGCUUAGUUAGGAUGCUUAUGCUGCUUCACACAGAUGUGGUUAAAUAUCUGCAAAGAUAAACCGGUUGACUCAUGUUUUUAGUAUAUGAUGGGUGAGAGCAUUCUAAGAAACCAACUAGUAUUUGUAAACCUCAGAAGAUUCUAUUACUCAAUACCCAGUUUUCUCAGUUAAAAUGCAAAAUAUUCCCUAUGUGCCUUAUGUAUUAUUUUGAUAAUGAAAACCAAAGAGGUUUAGGUUAUAAAAUUCUAUUUUGAUGAAAGUCAUGAUUGUAUGUGUGAGUAUAAGAUCUAUAUAUGUAUAGAUAUAGAUAUAUGCCUUAAUGUUUAAAAAAUAAAG